CUGGCGAUGAAAAAAUUUUUCUUCGGCCGUAAAAAGCUGAAGAAAUCGCAAUCGGUCCAGCAUGAGAAAACCGAAGCAUCUUCACUGGUCAACGGAGGUGGACCACUACAAACAAGUCGCACUUUCGAUCAUCCGACUGCUGGAACGUCAAGGUAA